AUGGAGUUUCAGUGGCCGCUGGAAAAAUUAGCAGCAACACUUAUGAAGGAUGUUAGAAAUAUAACCAGGGUCAUUUACAAAGAGUCUGGGAUCUUGGACAAUCACAGAUUCCGGCCUCUCAGGAAACAAAACUACCAUUCAGAUUUGACCAUUUUAAUCUCAGACUUGAAUGGCACUGUUGAAGAACAGAAUAAUAUAAGUGUGGUGCCUAAGCAUUACCAGAACAUCUUGGCCUUGGCGUUUGCAGUCAAGGAGAUCAAUGAAAACCCUCAGUUCUUACCUAAUCACACCUUGGGCUUUCACAUCUACGACAGCUAUGAUGAUGCAAAGAAGACGUAUCAUACCACAAUGCUACUUUUAUUCACAUUAGAGGCAUUUGUCCCCAACUACAUAUGUGAUAUGCAGAACAAUUUGACAGCUGUCAUCGGUGGACUUGACUCUGAAAUCUCCCUUAAUGUGGCAACUAUCUUGGAUAUUUAUAAAAUUCCACAGCUCACAUAUGGCCCUGCUCCUGUAAUGAAUGAUAAGACUCAAGGACUUUACUUCUACCAGAUGGCCCCCAAGGAAAGCCACCAGUUUGAAGGGAUUCUUUCUUUGCUUGUGCAUUUCAGAUGGACAUGGAUUGGAGUCAUUAUGAUGGACAAUGACAAUGAAGAAAGAUUUGUGCAAACUGUGCUCCCACUGUUUAGUGAGAGUGGUAUCUGCUUUGCCUUUCUAGAAAGAAUUACCAUACUUAAUUUUGCAAGUAAAAGUUAUAACAAUAUACAACAGUGGGCAAAGGUGCACGACAAAGUGAUGGGCAGCAAAGCUAAUGUAGUAGUUCUCUAUGGAGAAUCUUAUUCCAUGGCAUAUUUUAGGUGGCUUCCAUAUCUAUCACAGCUUGAGCACAUGACAAUGAAUGUAAAAGGUAAAGUAUGGAUAACAACAGCCCAGAUUGAAUUCACUUCAUUUGUCUCUCAACGCGGUUGGAACCCAGGAAUGUUCCAUGGCACUAUAUCUUUCAGAAUUAACUUCAGUGACCCACCAGGAUUUUUUCAAUAUGUUGAGAGCAGAAAUCCAUCCAGCAUAGAAGGAGAUGGUUUUAUCAAGGACUUCUGGCAACAGGCAUUUGACUGUGUCUUCCCCAAUUCCAUUAUUGGGAAUGUGGAGGGGAAUAUUUGCACAGGAGAGGAGAAGCUGGAGAGCCUUCCGGGGGCUUUUUUUGAAAUGGGCAUGACAGGCCAUAGCUAUAGUAUCUACAAUGCUGUCUAUGCUGUGGCACAUGCUUUAAAUAUGAUGUCCUCAGCUGGGUUCAGACAUGGAGGGGUGUUGCAUGGAGGGAGACUGAAGACUCAGAAGCCACAGUUCUGGCAGUUCCACCACUUUCUUAGAAGUGUCUCCUUUAACAACAAUGCAGGGGAUGAGGUCUCCUUCAACCAGAAUGGGGAGGUAGUAUCUGGCUUGGAUGUUAUCAACUGGAUUAUUUUCUCCAACCAGUCCUUUCAUAGAGUAAGAGUUGGGAGGAUGGAUCCCCAGGCUCCUCAAGACCAAGUAUUUACCAUCAAUGAAAGUGCCAUAACAUGGCACAGCUGGUUUAACCAGGCUUAUCCAAUUUCUGUAUGUACUGAGAGUUGCCAUCCAGGAUCAAGCAAGAAAGUGAAGGAAGGGGAGCCAUUUUGCUGCUACGAAUGCAUCCCAUGUCCAGAGGGAAAGAUUUCAAACCAAGAAGAUAUGAAUGACUGUAAUAAAUGUGCAGAGGAAGACCAUCCAAGCAAGAACCAGGAUGUAUGCAUUCCCAAGGACAGAAGCUUCUUGUCUUACAAAGAACCUUUGGGCAUCAUUUUAGUCUUCUUUGCUCUUUCCUUUGCUUUGCUCACAGUUCUGGUACUGGGAACAUUCCUGAAUCAUCACAACACUCCCAUCAUCAAAGCCAACAACCAGAAUCUCACUUAUACUCUCCUAGUCUCCCUCUUGCUCUGCUUCCUUUGUGCUUUACUCUUCAUUGGCCAACCUGAAAAGGUGACAUGUCUCCUUCGACAAACUGCUUUUGGCAUCAUCUUCUCAGUGGCUGUUUCUUGUGUGCUGGCAAAAACUGUCACAGUGGUUGUCGCUUUCAUGGCCACAAAACCAGGAUCCAGGAUGAGGAAGUGGGUGGGGAAAAGACUGUCCACCUCCAUUGUUCUUUUCUGCUCCCUUGCUCAAGCAGGAAUCUGUACUCUGUGGCUGGCAACCUCUCCCCCAUUUCCAGAUAUUGACAUGCUCUCUGUGACUGAAGAAAUUAUACUAGAAUGUAACGAGGGCUCUGUGCCUAUGCUUUAUCCUGUCCUUGGCUACAUGGGCUUCCUGGCAAUUGUGAGUUUCACCGUGGCUUUUCUAGCAAGGAAAUUACCAGACAGUUUCAAUGAAGCCAAGUUUAUCACUUUCAGCAUGUUGAUCUUUUGCAGUGUUUGGUUAUCAUUUGUUCCAACCUACUUGAGCACCAAAGGAAAAUACAUGGUAGCUGUGGAGAUCUUCUCCAUCUUGGCCUCCAGUGCUGGGUUAUUGUUUUGCAUCUUUUCACCCAAAUGUUAUAUUAUUGUGUUAAGGCCUGAACUGAACAUCAGGGAGCAACUAAUAAGAAGAAAAUAA